AGAGAAAAGCAAAAAAACAAGCAGACUUGGACGAAUCUGAAGAUCCUGAAGUCAAUAUAUCUCUCAAAGAGGCAGAGGAUAACAUAUCACUUCGAGAGAAGGAUGUUAAAAGGAGAGAAAUUGUGGUAGAUGCUAAAGAGAAAUUAAUUGAUUCCUUAAAAAAGGACAUUAUGAACAGGGAGAAAACACUUAGCAUUCGAGAAACCCACGUUAAAGAGCAGAAAUUGGGAUUAGAAAAACGGGAGAGAGCCUUAGACCAGAGAGAAACGUACCUGUCACUCUUAGACAACGAGACAAAAAAGAGAGCAAAUCAGACGACAAAGAAUAAAAAAACAAAGUCGGUUCCAAAUAAAUCUCAGCAGGGUAGUAGCAGUGGCAAAUUCAUCAGCCGUACAGUGGUGAUGCCAAUGGUGGACACGUCAUCGUCAAUGUUGGAUACUAUCUCAAUCAACAUAAAAAACAAGAUUUGGAACAAUGAGUUUAUCGAAAUCACAAAAUUGUUUGAAGACGACAGUGACGAAGAAAUGUCUUCCAAUGUAACAGAAGAGUUGGUUAAAAAUGCAUGCCUAAACCAGUGUAAACAGCGAGAAAGUAAUUGGUCAGAGAGGGAGAAACUUAUAAUGAUAGAAGAGGUAGAAGGUAAUCUCGCUUCCUUCCAGGGGUCGUUCACUGGAACCAGUGAGGGAGCUGCUGCAAAGACGAAGCUGUUUGAGACAAUAAGCGAGCAUUUUAUGAAGGAGUGUAUUGUACAUAGGGCUCCCGAUGCCGAAAUAUCUCGAGAGAGCAACACCAAGAAUACAUUAUCUGAGAAGAUCAGCAACCAGCUGACAGAACGCUAUGCUGGAUGGCUGUCAAACACUUACAGCCUGUUUCUGGCAACGACAGAAUUGGUGGUAGAGAAGUUUCUGAAGAUAAAUGUAUCACAGGAAGAACUAUGGAACUUCUUUAUUAAAGAGAUAGUCAGGAUAUGA